AUGGUAAAACUGGCUACAGACCUUGUCAAAUUCGUCGAUGAUUCCACAGCGUGGGACGUUCUGCACAGAGACUCCCAAUCUAAUCUCCCCUCAACCGUGAAAGCGUGCGAGGAAUGGACAUGUGAUAAUAACAUGAAGUUGAACGCUUCGAAGACGAAAGAGAUGCGCGUGAACUUCUCGUCUAGUUCUCCUUCUUACCCACCAAUUGUGAUCAACAAUCAAAUAGUCAACAUUGUUACGCAUGCCAAGCUUCCAGGCGUUACCAUCUCGAAUGACUUGAAAUGGAACUUGCACGUAAGUGCCAUCUGUAAGAAGGCUUCCAAGCGUUUAUACGCCCUGUGGCUGUUGAAAAAACGCCCUUCCGGACUCCGUCCUAGUCCUAGCGAUGCUCACAGCCAACGUUCCAUCAGUGUACGAUUACCGAAGCACCCUUUGCGAACGACUUUUCCAUAG